AUGUCCCCACGUAGCGCAAUAGGCUGGCCAGAGUGGGAGGAGAAAAAUCUUCUCCCUUGGCUGGAUGCCAAUCAGGCGCUGUCGUGGAAAGCUCGCUCCGAUGCGUAUUAUCAACAAUAUCGGGUGAAACGAGGCGUUGAAUCUCUACGAGGGAAAAAGUACCAUAUUUUGCGGAAGCGCCAUCGCACUGGCGCCAGAUCUCCUGAACAUCCAGGCGAUCAAAAACGAUCAGGAACCGUUCGCCGCUCGGUGGGUGGUAGGGGUUCACCAGCGACUCUUCCAAACAAAACUUCUGCCCAAAGGAACAUCGACAAUUGGUUUCAAACAAUACUUUCAGCCGAGCCUAGCCAUACCGAUGACAGCAAUGAAUCAACUGAGACCAAAAGCUCGAGACCAGGUACGAAAUACCUUCUAUCCUUCGCUCAUUACAAGCUGAUCCUUCGUCACAGGCCACGCGACGCCAGUACCCAUCCAUUACCGGGCGGGAAGAACACGAUCGUCAUCUUGGAUUUGGGACUAUGUACAUCGUGUCUGUGCAGCCAGGAAGCUGAGAUACCAGUGAACAGAACGUCCAUUCGGCAGCAGUCUAUUGGCAUUGGAGCCGCGCGGGUUUACGUGGUGGUGUCGAAGCAACCGGGAUAA